GGCAAUGAAAGACAAAGGAAAUCCUUAUGACAUGGUCUCAUUUAUUUAUUUCUCACUUACUGCUGCUCCUAUUUAAAAGCACGCAUACAUAUUACUACAUUUUCAGCGUCUUUAGGCGGUUCUUUCGUCCUUUUCCUCCACGGAGACUUUGGAGUUCUCUCAAGCUAUAGGUGAAGAAAGCCCGUUAUACUAGUCUACUUUUUGGAGUGGUCUAAGUUGCUUAAAAAGGGGGAGUUUUUAGUAGUCCUUAAGCCGUUGGAGCACUUUUUUCUGAGCUCAUUCUCAUUUGGUAUUCUCUGGUGUGUUGGGAUCACUUAGUAGUUGGACAUUAUGAAGGUUUCUGGGUUAUGCGUCUUGUUCUUGGUACUGGGGACAGAUUUCUUGUUUCUCAACUUCUCGAGUGGUAUAAGAACUGGUUCCUUUAUUCCCGAAAUGGUCUUCGCCCAACAUGCCGGAGGCGAUGCUAUGCCAAUGACCACAGCGAGUAGGAGGCUGAAGGAAAAUGGCCAUAAUUCGCGCUCUGAGAAGAAGCACCUCCGAAUAGGUUAUGUAAAUCUGGAUGAUUACCAUCCCAUUGAUCCAGUACCAAGUUCAAAGGCUUCCUUCAAACCUGGACCUAUCGAACACGGGACUCCUCUCAUGCCAUUUAUUCCAAGACCUUCGCUGCCUCCUACCCCUCCUAAAAAUGGAGGAUUUGCCUAGCCUUCUCACGAUCUAGAUCUGUUCUUCAACAGUGGAUAUGCAUGUAGUGAGAAGUAUGAAAAAAAAUGAAGAACCUUGUGCAACUUAAUCAUAUACUCUCGUUGUUUCUCUGUAUUUAUCUAUCAUGUAGUUGUCUUCUUUCAUCCUCUCAACAUAUGAUUGUCACCUUGAUCUUUUCACUUUAAUUAUUCUAUUUAGAGCAAUCACUUUAGAGAUGAUAAAGUA